AACAUUCACAGUUCCUAGCAUUGCUGAAAGUGCACAGGCUGUUCUGGGAAAAAAAAUAUUUCUCUACAUAGGGUGUGGUAAUUUACCCUCCUACUUCUCCUCCUCCUUUGAUAAGAGUCCUCUGGGAGUCCAACUAUUCAAAUUGCACCAGAAAUAGACUCUGUAUUUCAUGAUUGGGGUUCUAAAUAAAUGUAAUGUAUGGAGCAUUAUUUGGAUCUGUUAAUGACGCUUUGCCUUCAUAUGUUAGAAUUCAUUACAAAACCGGUGCGCUCCCUCUGGCUGCAGGCAGGUCAGUUUUUGCCUGGCUCCGCCUCCUCUCACCUGGCGCUUGGCCCAGAAUGUUGCUGCAACUCUUCCUAGCGCCCAUUGGCGCGCAUUCUCGCACAGCUUCGCAAGGAGGGAAAUGACUAACCUCUUUUUCCCUCAUGCCCCAACUUCCCCUUUUCUGUCACUCUCUUCCCGUCUUUCAUCUUCAGACAUAUUUGCAAUGACUCUGCCACACUCCACUAGGAAGUGCCUUUGCUGAUGUGUGCCGCAGCUUUGACCUGCUUCUACUGCUGAAGCUCCAUCUUCUCCCUCCCUUGCCUCGCUCGCUUGCAAGGAAAAGGUGGCCGCACCCUCCUCAGACUGCGCUCAGACCCGUUCGUCCAUCUGCCAUCAUCACCAUCUACCCCACCCAAUGAGCCCCGGCCUCAGCUAAUUCUCACCUGACAGCCCAGCAGCCCAAAUCCACCACAAGGCCCACGCAGAGCAUCACACACCUUUGCCUUUUACCUUCGCCUUGGACCCUCUUAAGCCUCCACACAGUCCUCAGUGUCCUUAAUCUCGCCCUCUAAAAAGCAGACUACACCCAGACUAUCACCUUUGUUGCCUGCUUCACCGCAUCGUAACCCGAGGGCUCUAUCCUGAGCCACUUUGAAAGUUCUAGAAACGACGGAUCAGUGAGCAAUAAGAGUGAACAUUCAGGCCAAAAGCAGCAACUUCUUCUUCUUGGGCUACUUCCUGGAUAUAAUCCACUGACUCGGGAAGAUGCCGCAAUAACGUUCACAGCCUUACUUUGUCCUGCAACAUUUCACCCUGGACACUGUCUCACUCAAACAAACAAUAACACACAAGCGUAAGAGAAGUUGUGGAUUAAAACAGAAGAGGCACUUAAUCCAAAUUGAGUUUGUUUUGCCAGUGUGUUGCCAUGGCGAUGAACAUAGCACAGAUCCGUGAUACAAAGUGGCUGACACUCGAGGUAUGCAGGGAGUUCCAAAGGGGCACGUGCUCCCGCUCGGACCAGGAGUGCAAGUUCGCUCAUCCGGCUAAGAGCUGCCAAGUGGAAAAUGGACGGGUCAUCGCUUGCUUCGACUCACUCAAGGGCCGCUGUUCCAGGGAGAACUGCAAGUAUCUGCACCCUCCUCCCCACCUAAAGAACCAGCUGGAGAUCAAUGGCAGGAACAACCUGAUCCAGCAGAAGAACAUGGUGAUGCUGGCCCAGCACAUGCAGCUUGCCAAUGCCAUGAUGCCUGGCACGCAGCUACCGCCUAUGCCCAUGUUCUCUGUGACGCCCGGCUUGGCCACCAACGCCAGCGCCGCGGCCGCAGCUGCAGCCGCGGCUUUUAAUCCGUACCUGAGCCCUGUGUCACCAGGCCUCAUGCCCCCAGAGAUCCUGCCCAACACCCCCGUCCUCAUGGCUUCCAGCCCCACAGUCAGCCAAGUCCCCAAUGCUGCUGCUGCAGCCCAGAAGCUGCUGAGAACAGAUAGACUUGAGGUGUGUCGCGAAUUCCAGAGGGGAAACUGCUCCCGAGGGGAGGACGACUGUCGCUUCGCCCAUCCGGCGGACAGCACGAUGAUCGACACCAACGACAACACCGUCACCGUGUGCAUGGACUACAUCAAGGGCCGCUGCUCCCGCGAGAAGUGCAAGUACUUCCACCCGCCUGCUCACCUGCAGGCUAAAAUUAAGGCCACUCAGCACCAGGUGAACCAGGCUUCAGCCGCCGCGGCCAUGACUCAGUCGGCUGUCAAAUCACUGAAGCGACCCCUCGACGCAACCUUUGACCUGGGUAUCGCCCCCAGUGUCAUGGCUCCCCUGCCAAAGCGGGCGGCCCUGGAGAAGGCCAACGGGGCCUCUGCUGUGUUUAACACCGGCAUGCUCCAGUACCAACAGGCCCUGGCCAGCAUGCAGUUUCAGCAGCAGGCUGCUUUCCUCCCAUCAGGCUCAAUAUUGUGCAUGACCCCUGCAGCCGGCGUUGUUCCCAUGAUGCACGGUGGUACUCCAGUCACUGUGUCUGCAGCCACCACAUCUGCCACAAGCGUUCCCUUCGCAACUGCCUCCACCAAUCAGGACUCUUCCUUAUCAAAGUUGACUACCAACGAAUACAUGCAAUUGAUUCCGAUAAUAUCUGCAGAUCAUCUGAGUAGUCACAAGUACUUGACUCAAAUGUAGUUCCUCUCAAGAACAAUCAAAUGAAUGUGUGCUGGCACCGUCCAAGCCAAAACAGUUCAGCCUUUAUUUACAUAACCUUCAGAAUGUCGAGCAACGGAGACGAGGAGGGUCUCAUCACAUAUGGAAACAUCGAGGGUGGCAUCUUCCCAUGCGUGUGUUUAAAAAAAAAAAAAAAGAAGAAGACAGAAAGGAGAAAAAAACUUGAGAGGAGAGGAGGACAUCAUGGUGCACAGUGGGUCACAUCACACCUCUGUAUCUUUAAAUUGGUUCUAAUUGUAUUUUACUGGAUGCACAAAAGGUCAAAGAGUGCACCUCUGGUACGUUCCUCGACCGAUUUUAUUUUAUAUUCCUUUUUCUUUUGAAACAAUCAGCCAUAUUUCAUCGUUUACAAAAAUGCACCUUGAAUUUGAAUUGAGAAA